GGGAGCUGCGAGCUGGACGUUGAACUAGCCAUGGACAUGGAGGGCCUACCGCCGGCCGCUGCUAUGGCCACGGAACAACCACUUUGGGCCUCGACCCGCAACCGCAAGCAAACGCCCGUCGUCAAGUCGCCGGUGAAGAGGAAGAGAUCGAAAAAAGCGCAGGCGCAGCAGCCCGCACCCAAGGCCGUCGGCGACAGCGACUCUGUGUUGGUCGGAGAGCCAUUUCCCGCCGAGGAGGCGCACGGCAGGUGGCCCAAUCGAUACAAGCGCCAACGCGGCCCAAAGAGGAGGUAACUCAUGCGUCCUAUAUGUUCUUGUACAUAUACAUCUGUCACUUCAUUCUAUAUAUGUGCUGAAGAUGAACAACGUUCGUUCACGCAAUCCCAUGAUGGAGAGAACAGUGAAGGUGGGAGCGUACACGCGGACCACACCGAAGGCAGCGAGGACAAAUAUGGCGAUGGCGGUGGGGAUGAGCCUCACCGAGAUGUCAACCCUGCGGACCUUCGUCUGAUCAACCAGCUUCAGCUGGACUUGGAGAAAGCCCAGGCUGAGCUGAGGACUCAAGGAGAUACUACGAAGAAGGCGCUCGAAGACAAGGACAAGGCACUUGCUGAUGCGAGGGAGAAGAAUGGCAAACUUGAAGAGGAGAACUCGAAACUCAAGAAGAAGAUGGCCGAGUGGGCGAAGGCGCUCGAAGACAAGGACAAGGCACUUGCUGAUGCGAGGGAGAAGAAUGGCAAACUUGAAGAGGAGAACUCGAAACUCAAGAAGAAGAUGGCCGAGUGGGCGAAGAAAAUAAGAGAAUUGAAGGACACUACCAAGUACUUGAAGGACACUACCAAAGAGAUGUCCGACAUGCUUGAUGUCGAGCAAAACCUGGACCUCUCCAAGUAGUGGACGUCUCGAAGGAGUCAAGGCGUGUGGAAAUUAUGAUGGAUAUUGCCUUUCAUGGAAAAUAAGGUUCCGACCGGCGAGAAAGCCACAUAUAACCUCAAAAACACUUGGUUCCUGCCGUAUUUGUUAUCUCAUGUUUUAUCUCCCUACGUGCUUUAGUUCCUUACCCGCACUGCUUAUUCUGAAUUGCAACCAGGGACGCUUACCGGCAAAUAUGACC